AUGCAACGUAUAGAAGACGACAUCAGUAAUUUGAAGCUGCUCUUUUCAGACACGAAGGCUCGUAUCGAAUGGACACGGAAUAUCCAAGAACAGUUGGUCAACAUAAAUGAAAAGAUGCUCUACAUCAACGACCCCAAAAACCGCGAAGAACGGCCAUACUUCUUGAAAGAGUUCGUCAGCCUUUGCAGCUCUGGGCUUGCAAAAAUCAUCCAGGACUACCGAAACUCGAUCUACGACGACUGCGGCCAGGACCCAAUGGGAUUCGAGAAAAAGCUGCAGGCGACCCUUCGUGGCUUCCAAGUCAAUGAUGAGGCCAGCAGACAGCAGCUAAGAGAAGUGACUUCCGCAUUCUACAGGACCAACAGUGAUCAUGCCGAUAAAGUGCUGACGAACCUCGGCGUCAAAACGCUAAUGAACUCGGAUGGGAUCAAAGGUGCGCAAAACCUGGCAGAAGUCCAUGCAAAGGUUUCGACACUUGAAGGGCCAAAUACAUGCAUGACGCAACUGUUCCUGCAAGAAAAACAGCUAUCCCAACGAGCACUUAACGUCUGGUAUGACGUCGUACGUUCUUCGGCGACAGCGAUUCUAAAUGCGGCGACAAUGUGCUUCCCGCAUCAACAUUCCGACAAGACGACAAUUGAGCGUGAGAUGAAAAAACUGAUGGAGAAGCUGGAGGAGCCCGUGAAAAAAAUGGCCGUAUAUGUGAAGAAGCAAUUGGAAAAAAUUGGGGAUGUGGAGCAGGGCUACCUAGAUGCUCUUCGCGACCGAGAUGCGUCCAAGUAUACGCCGCGCGAGUGGGUCCAGGAGCUGCAGAAAAUCUUUGAUGACAAGGGACCUUACGGAACCGUGCGUACUUAUAUAGCCGCCCGACAGAACGAGACCUCCGGCCACAAUACGAACACCAGUUACGCGGUCUUUGCUGAUAUGGCCUCUUUCGUCAUCCGGAAUCCGGAACGCACCUGGCGCCCGAUCAACCAGCAGGAUUUUGAUGAACAUGUCAAGAACUUGAGUAAUCCGGCUUACACUUCGCAAGGCGCCAACGCCACCGUCACGCAGUUGUACGAACAAGCUCAUCGUCAACUGAGCAAAGAUUUCCCGAAUCACGCACUUGUGCUUCGACCAACGCCGUGCGCCCACAUGGUGGCCGUCUUGGAACCAGGCGCGGCUAUCACUGGCUCGUACGACGUGACGACCCACGAAACGCAUAUCUCGCGUCCAGGGAUGGAGCUGACGUUUGUGGUCGCUCACCAUAAU